CGAUGAUCCCGCCCUCUACGUUCCACAGACAGGAAGUGACUUAAUUUGUGAUAGGAAACAAGAGAGUGACCGGCAGCAGCAGUGAGGAACAAGAUUAUCUCCAUUAUAAGUCAGCUGAGGAUGAGACACGUCACUGAGUCACUGAGGAUGGAAAAGGACAGAAGUCAUAUGACUGAGAGGAUACUAAAUCUUACCCUGGAGAUCAUCUACCUGCUGACUGGAGAGGAUUAUACAGUAGUGAGGAAGACAUCUGGUGAGUGUGAGGCACCCAGCAGCCGUCCCCAUGUGUCAGGAGGACUAAGCAGAAUCCAGAGCCCCAUCACGGUGCCUCCACCUCACCCACUGAUACAUGAGAGGCACAAUGACCAGAAGAUCCUGGAACUCACCAACAAGAUCAUUCAGCUGCUGACUGGAGAGGAGGGGGAGUAUAUAGAGGAACACAGGGGUCUGUACAAGGACGUGAUGAUGGAGAAUCACCGGCCCCUCACAUCACUGGAUGGUCCCAGUAACAGAGAUACCCCACAGAGAUGUCCCCGUCCUCUGUAUUCCCAGGACUGUACACAGGAGAAUCAUAGGAUCCCACAGGAGUAUCAGAGUGAAGGUCUGACUUAUAUUAAAGUAGAAGUUACAGAGGGAGAAGAAGAGACGUAUGUGAGGGGUGAUCAGCAGUGUAAGGAGGAGGAAAUCCCUACAGAUAUCAGCACAGCAGGUGGAUGUAGCAGCAGGAAGAUCUCAGAGGAUCAUCCCAUUUUAACUCCAGUUUGUGAAAUAGAAGAUCACUACAUCACCCAGGAUUCUCCAGAAGAAAACGUUAUUAUCCCAAUCAUACAUCCAGAGCUUCACAGUGCAGCUAUAUCAUCUGAUCCCUAUAUUCACGAUGAGAAUGUUCCUGGAACAUCUGAUAUUUGCACCUACAUUACAGCUCUUUCAGUAGAUAAGAUAUUUCCCUGUUCCAUUGAUGCCAAAUGUUUUGCGCAGAGCACACAGCUUAUUACCCAUCAGCCAGCUAAGGCAGUAGAGAAGCCAUUUCCAUGCUCUGAGUGUGGGAAAUAUUUUAGAUACAAAUCGGCUCUUGUUAGACAUGAGAAUCUUCACACCGGUGAGAUGCCAUUUCCAUGUGCUGAGUGCGGGAAAUGUUUUGCACAGAAAUCACAUCUUGUUAGACAUCAGAUAAGUCACACGGGAGAGAAACCAUUUCCAUGUUCUGAGUGUGGAAUGUAUUUCAGAGACAAAUCACAUCUUGUUAGGCAUGAGAGACGUCACACGGGUGAGAAACCAUUUUCAUGUGCUGAAUGUGGGAAACGUUUUACACAAAAAUCACAUCUUGUUAUACAUGAGAGACUUCAUACAGGUGAAAAACCAUUUUCAUGUUCUGAGUGUGGGAAAUGUUUUACACAGAAAUCGGCUCUUCUUAAACAUGAGAGAUAUCACACAGGCGAGAAGCCAUUUUCAUGCUCUGCGUGUGGAAUGUACUUUAGAGACAAAUCACAUCUUGUUAGGCAUGAGAGACGUCACACAGGUGAGAGACCAUUCUCAUGCUCCGAGUGUGGGAAAUGUUUUACGCAGAAAUCAGAUCUUGUUGCACAUCAGAGAAGUCACACAGGUGAGAAGCCAUUCUCAUGCUCUGAGUGUGGGAAAUGUUUUACACAGAAAUCAGCUCUUGUUGCACAUCAGAGACAUCACACAGGUGAGAGGCCAUUUCCAUGUUCUGAGUGUGGGAAAUGUUUUACUCAGAAAUCACAUCUUGUUAAACAUCAGAGAAGUCACACAGUUGAGAAACCAUUUGCAUGCUCUUAGUGAUGGAACUGGCAGAUAUCAGAUCAUGGUAAACCCUGCCACACAGGUGACACUUUGUACGUUUUCAAGUGGAAACAUUUUAUCUAAAGAACAAAUCUCAUUAAGCAUAUUAUUUCUCCUGAUAUUGGGGUUAAUUCAGAGCUAAUCACUGUUGUACGAAUUCGCAAGGCGGACGAUUAUCGAUCGUCUGCUUACGGAUCAUAGUGCACACCCGUGAGGCCAAAUUGCUAAAAAAAAUCCAGUGUCCUUUUUGAUCGCUGGGCGUACGCAAGUUGAUUGACAGGAAGCCAGCGUUUGUGGGUGGUAACUGGACGUUUUCUUAAGAGUGUCAGGAAAAACGCAGGCGAUCCCAAGCGUUUUCAGGGAGGGUGUGUGACGUCAGCUCCGGCCCUGAUCAGCCUGUUUCUAUCUCACUGUAGGAGUUAGUCCUGGGCUACGCACAGACUGGAUAAAUCAUUAGAUGGUGAGUGAGUUGCUGACAUAUUUUGCAGCUGACCGGCAUUUGCAGGGAUUUUUGCACACCGUACACAGACUUGCAAGGGGGGUUCACUCUGUCUGGGCGGCGACUAUCUGAUCGCAAACCUCUGCAAAUUCGCAGAGGAACGAUCAGGUCUGAAUUAGGCCCCUUUUAUUGACCCCUCCUCUCAUUUCUUUGUUACAGACAGUAAAGGGCUGAGCUGGCACUAUUCCAUUGACUGUAUAGUGUAUUUGUUAUUUUUCUUGUUAUCCAUCUUGAGUGAUGCAAUUGGUACGGGCCGCUAAGAAAUUAGUGACUGGUAUGCCAUACCCCUUAUCACCUUACUGCUGGCACCAGGCUUGGACUGGCCCACAGGGGUACAGGAGAAACCACUGGUGGUCCCUCUGCCUGGGGGCCCACCUCCUGCUCUAAGGGUCAGGUUCCAGAUUGUGCAUUUGAAUUAUACAUCAUACAUAUGUUACCUUAUACUGGACUAUGGUGUAUUUUCUACAGUGCAUUGCUGUUAUUAAUCUGUUACAUUAUCAUGCAUGCAACAGAUGAAUUUACUGUACAUAUUUAUGAAGGGGCCCAGACGUUGCACUCUCUAAUGGUUAGUCAAACCAAUGAGGUGGCAGGCCACACCCCCUCUGCAGACUGGCCACACCAUUAAACAUGGGCUCCUACCACUGCAUUUCCCCCGUGGGCCCUACAUGCCCCAGUCCGACACUGGCUGGCACUAAUAGUUGUGCGCUGUGACCGACCCUGGGCUGUGAGUGACUGGAGGCAGCCAGCGCUUCCCGGAGUGCUGUACUUGCCCCAAAAGUGGCCAAAAAAAUGGUGGCGUGAUGUGUAGACAGGCCCAUGUAACACAUGGCCACGCCCAUUAUUGGUGCAUGAAUGUGCAGACAAUACCAGCAAUUACAUUAAAUCUACUUGCAGCACGGUCCAUAUGUGUGUGGUCUGACUAGAAUCACAGUGCGUGUAUAUUUAUAUAUCAUCCAGAUUUCAUUUUAUGCUGUAUACACUGAUAUUUUCCUAACCGCUACACUGUAAUAUCUUAUAAUGUUAUCUUUCUGUCAACUGUGACAUCGCUUUAUAUUUUGGCUUUAUGAAAUACAUUUCAGCGCUAAUUGCAACAAAAUAAGAGUUUUGAUCUGGUUUUCCCCUCUCUUCUACUAUGAGGAGAGAGGGGCUCAAUGAUGAGGGGAUCUAUUCAUUAAAGGUAAGUUUAUGGAAAGGGGUUUUAACGACCCCAAACGAGGUUGCUCAGGACCGGUAGACCCUGCGGAGGAUUUACCGGAUCAAUGUAGCGUAAGUAACAUUUUAGCUGUUACCUGUCCUAGUUUUACCCACACACUCAAUGUUUGGUCUUUUGGUGGAAUUUUCCUUUAAGACCUACAAGACGCACAGCAACGAUCAGGUCUGAAUCACCACCCCAUGUUGUGAAUUCUCUGUAGCCCUUGCUUAUCUGUCCGAGAAACCCUGGGUUACAAGCACACAAGAAACCUUCAGACACACAAUCUAUUCUGGUAUUGAAAGGGUUAAAUACCAAAGAUGGGGGAGGAUGUCAAGGAGCAGUUUCAUAAAUGUGUGUUGUAGCUGAAUCAGUGUUAUUCUCUAAAGGUAGCCACAUGGCUAAAAUGCCCAACUGCUAUCAUGAGGGACCUUAAUCCGUACAUUGUUGAAUUUGAAGGUAAUACCUAAACUUUGUUUUUAUCCUUUUUAUUUUCUUUGAAAUUGUCUGUAAUCUGUGUGUACUUUAAAAUAUUCAUAUACUCUUUGUAAUUCUUUUUUUUAAACUGUAAGC